AUGAAUGUGACCACAACAGAUGAAGACUGGGAAGAUGAAGUAAUACUGCAACAUGCAAUAGAACAAAGUCUUUCUGGAAUUUGUACACAGGAUUCAUGUACAGCCUCUGAAGUGGAGGAUCUCAGGUCCUUACAAAGCAAAGUGAACAGGAAGAUUGUCGAAGCUAUAAAGACAGGUCAGGAAGCAGAUGUACGCCAGCUAUCCAUUCAUUACUUUGCAUUUGAUGAAGCCGAUGAGAGAGGCUGGCUUCCUCUGCAUGAAGCGGCUGUGCAGUUAAACCAAGAAGUUCUUGCAGCCACUUUCCAAGCUUCUCAGCGUAGUGCACGGGAGCAGAAGACCCUAAAGGGUGAAACCCCUCUAUUUUUGGCUGUUGAGUUGAGCCUUAUAGAUAAUGUGCAGUUUUUACUUAUAAAUGGCUGCAAUCCAAAUUCCAAGAAUGAGGAGGGCACUUCUGUUUUAAUAGCUGCUAUAAGAAAUGAAGCUGUUGAUGUUGUGACACUGCUGCUUUCGUUUUGGGCAAAUGUGAACUUGAAGUGCACUAAUGAGAGGACAGCAAUGCAUGAAGCAGCCAAACUGGGUAGGAAGGAUAUUGUUAAUUUACUGAUUCGUUCUGGAGCCUCUAUUGAUCCCAGGAGUGCCUAUGGACUCACCCCGCUGGCUCUUGCUGCACAAAAUGGAUGUACAGAAGUCGUGAAACUGUUACUCCAAAAGGGAGCUGAUGUCCUGUCUCAAGCAUCCGAUGGAGUGUCUGUAUUAUUUGAGGCGGCCACAGUUGAAAAUGCAGAAUGCCUGGCACUCCUAUUGGAGUAUGGGGCUGAUGCCAAUGUUCCUAAGUACUCUGGUCAUCUGCCCAUUCACAGGGCAUCCUACAAAGGAUACUAUCGGUUGGUGGAGCAGUUAAUUCCAGUGACAGAUUAUUCUGCUAUUCAGGAGAGUGGCAUAAGUCCAGUGCACUCUGCAGCAGCAGGUGGCCAACAAGAAUGCCUCAAGUUGCUUCUCCAGUCUCGGUUCGAUGUCAAUUUCAUGCUCAGUCCCAGGCUUCGCAGAAGUUAUAAUGAUCACAGGAAAUCUGCCCUCUAUUUUGCGGUGUCAAAUAACGAUGUCUGCUCUGCUCGACUCCUCCUGGAGGCUGGAGCUCUACCAAACCAAGAUCCUAUCAAUUGUCUCCAGCUAGCCAUGAGAUUGGGCAACUAUGAGCUCAUUAACUUGCUCCUUCGCCACGGAGCCAAUGUAAAUUACUAUUGUAGAAUAAACACAACUCAUUUCCCAUCUGCUCUGCAGUAUGCAUUAAAUGAUGAAAUAAUGCUUAGGAUGUUAUUUAGUUAUGGCUAUGACAUCCAUCGAUGCUUUGACUGCCCACAUGAGAACAAAAUCCAUCCCUUGUUUUCCUCUGAAGGAUGGACACCUUCAGUCAUUAAAGAUAACAUGUUUUGUGAAGUCAUUACUUUAAACUGGUUAAAGCACCUAUCGGGGAAAGUGGUUCGUGUGAUGCUGGAUUAUGUGGGUCAUGUCAAUUUCUGCUCUAAACUGAAAACUGUACUUGAACAGCAAAGUGAAUGGUCGGAAAUCACAUGCAUCAUGAAAAACCCACGUUCUCUGAAGCAUCUAUGCAGGCUGAUGAUCCGAAAAUGCAUGGGCAGAAUGAGACUGCGGUGUCCGGUAUUUAUGACAUUCCUGCCAAUGCCCAGUCGCCUGAAGGAAUACAUUCUCUUUAAAGAAUAUGACCUUUAUAAUGGGCCAAAAAUGUAAUUGAUUUCUGAUAAUGCCUUUUUACAUUUUAAAGAUAACUAUUACCAUUGUAGUUUUAAAAUCAAUAGAUUCAUGAAGUGCUCUUCAGAUUCAAAAAAAUGUGGUAAUAUCAGUAUUUUGCAUGAAAACAUGCAAUGAAAUAGGAUGUAUUUAUGAAAUGGGUCUGUUGCUUCACAUGACUUGCAGAGUGAUAUUUGCUGGUAUGCUUACUUUACUGAGAAACAGAAAAUGUUAAAACAAAGUGGGGGGACUGAUAAGUGAACAUGCAGUUUACUUAUGGUCUGGCUUGCCCAACUUGUUAAUGCACAUGUAGUAUUAUUAGGAGCAUUAUUUCAUAAAAGUUUGAAAUACAUAUUAAGGCACAGUGUUUUGUAAAUACUUGUUUAAUAGCAAAUAUAAAUAACUAAGAUGCACUUUCCAAUAUAUUGCUUGUUUUAGGCUUUUUUAUUCAUUGAUUUUUAUUUGCAGAUUUUCA